GAUUCUAUUUGGAGACGAGGAAGGACAACUUUACCACAGAGCUGAAAUUAAACUGCCUUUUUGUUUUUCGCCUGCAGAAGUUGGACGGCCGUGCGUAAAGAUAUUUAUCUCCGAUUCAAGUUUACGCACAAAACCAGGAGUUUUUUUUUUUUUUUUUUGAUUUUUUUCUGUAAAGUGUAAAGACUUUCUGUCUGGCAAGGACGAGUCGCUUUUAAAGACGUUUCUUUUCCUUAACGUCCUUAGUUUAAUUUUCACGCGUAAAUUUGGAAGCAACCCGUUUUGCGCAUGAAUCUUCUCGACCCUUACCUGAAGAUGUCGGAGGAACCAGACAAGUGUCUCUCUGAUGCCCCGAGCCCGAGCAUGUCCGAGGACUCCGCGGGCUCCCCGUGUCCGUCCGGCUCCGGUUCCGACACCGAGAACACCCGGCCGUCGGAGAACGGGCUGCUCCGGAUGGAAGCGGCUCUGGCCGAGUUCAAGAAGGACGAGGACGAUAAGUUCCCCGCGUGCAUCCGCGAGGCCGUGUCGCAGGUGCUGAAGGGCUACGACUGGACCCUGGUGCCUAUGCCGGUGCGCGUAAACGGAUCUACCAAGAACAAGCCGCACGUCAAGAGACCGAUGAACGCCUUCAUGGUGUGGGCGCAAGCUGCGCGCAGGAAGCUGGCCGACCAGUACCCGCACCUGCACAACGCCGAGCUCAGCAAAACCCUGGGCAAACUCUGGAGGCUUCUUAACGAGGGCGAGAAGCGGCCGUUUGUAGAAGAGGCGGAGCGCCUCCGCGUGCAGCACAAGAAGGACCACCCGGACUACAAGUACCAGCCGAGGCGGAGGAAGUCGGUCAAGAACGGACAAAGUGAGUCCGAGGACGGCAGCGAGCCGACCCACAUCUCCCCCAACGCCAUUUUUAAAGCCCUGCAGCAGGCAGACUCCCCCGCCUCCAGCAUGGGAGAAGUGCACUCACCUGGGGAGCACUCAGGCUCCCAGGGACCCCCGACCCCUCCCACCACCCCGAAAACUGAUGUCAGCUCAGGCAAGAUGGACCUAAAGCGCGAAGUAGGUCUCAGCACCAGCCAGCGCCAGCUCAACAUCGACUUCCGCGACGUGGACAUCGGCGAGUUGAGCAGCGACGUCAUUUCUCACAUCGAGACCUUCGACGUGAACGAGUUUGACCAGUACCUCCCGCCAAACGGCCACCCGGGUUCCGUCAGCGGGCCGGGCACGCCUGUCGCCUACACCGGCAGCUACAGCAUCAGCAGCGGCGCUCCGGUCAGCCCGGGGGCAGCGGCGGGCGCCUGGAUGCCUAAAAGCCAGAACCAGCAGGGACAGCAGCAGCCGCAACACACCCUCACCACCUUGGGCGGCAGCACCGGCGGGUCCGAGGCGGCUCAGCACAGGACCCAGAUCAAGACAGAGCAGCUGAGCCCGAGUCACUUCAGCGAGCAGCAGGGCUCGCCGCAGCACGUCACCUACAGCCCCUUCAACCUGCAGCACUACAGCCCCUCCUCCUACCCGGCCAUCUCCAGGGCGCAGCAGUACGACUUCACCGAGCACCAGGGGGGCGCCCCCUCCUUCUACAGCCAUGCCGGGGCCGGUCAGAACUCGGGACUCUACUCAACGUUCAGCUACAUGAGCAGCCCCAGCCAGAGGCCCAUGUACACGCCCAUCGCUGACAACACGGGGGUGCCCUCCAUCCCCCAGAGCAGCCCCCAACACUGGGAGCAGGCGCCCGUUUACACCCAGCUCACCAGACCCUGAACCUUUCCUAUUCUGUACAUCAGACACUUGAAGUCAAAGAGACUCGUGAUUGGCUCACGCCGUGCCUUAAUACUAUUGUACUUUGAUAGAAAUACUUUAUAGAAAUAUUUUUUAGAGAGAGAAAAAAAAUCCUCUGUGAGGAUUUUAUUGUUAAUAUUUCAGUAGGUACUGUUUAUGAUUCGUUGUCUUCAUACGCUGGCGGUGUUUUUUGUAACCAUGGGGGUUGGUUAUUGAUAUGAAAUGAUCUAUUGUAAUCAGUCCAACAACUAAUAACAUGUUGUGAUAUUCCAUAAUUUUUUGUUUUGUACAAAUUUUAAUGUGUUAUAUGCUGUUUUUGUAUCCAAGUCAUUGCAGCCCUUCCCCACCACCUGUGCCUUGUACGUGUGUGCGUGCAUGUGUGUGUGUGUGUGUGUGUGUGUGUGUGUGAACAGCUGAAAUUACACUUACCAUCCAGCAGCGCGUUUGACAGCUCCAGGAAGUCAACUCUGACCCCUUCCCCUGCUGUCUACUUCCACGUUGAUAUUUAACCCGCUCCUUCAUACAGCCUCCUCUAUUUAUUUAUUUCAUUUAAUUUUAUUGCAUUUUAUUCUUAUUACUUAUGGUGUCGAUUUAUGUUUUUUUUUUUAAAUGUGUUUUUGGUUUGUUUUUACAUUGUACACACAGCAUAUCUCAUCAUUCUCUCAUUUGGAGUUUCAACCCAGGGGUUACUAAUCCAAAAUGCUGUAAUCAUCUUUGUUCUUUAUUUAUCUUAUCUAAAUGCUUGUUUUAAGUAUAUAUUUCUUUAAAGGGGGGCGGUGGGUUACGUUAUAAAAUGUGUUAUUUGUGAAUCUUUAAGUUUAAAUAAGGCUGAAAGAACUGGAAGUAUGAUAUAAAUUAGUUUUUUUUUUCUUCACAGUGUAUCUGUUUGCUAUUAUUUGUCCUGUGCAGCUCUUUUCCUCCGUAUCAAACAGUUUCUUUCAUUUCUGCUAUUUUGCAAAGCAUUUGUA